CGCUGCGCUCAGAAAGAAUCUCGGUCAGCAGUGCAGCAGCAGAAGUUGCGCGGCGGCAGGCAGAGUGACAUACACUCACAUUCAGUCACACUUGGGUGUUGUGUAGGUCGGGGUAACAUCGAUUCUGAGGGCUUUGCGAGUGUUGUUGUUGAUCGUGUGGAUUAAACGCGUUGAUUGAAUGAUCGACUGUAUGGAGGACGCCGUGGAUAUGUAGUUUCUUUAACUUUUACGAACCGUUUGGGGACUAUUACAUCUCAUUAUUUUUUUCAGCUGGAACGAUUGGAUUUACAGUGAGAACCAUCAUGCCGGAGAGAAUCAGCAUUUCAGACUUUGUGUCUUUGGCAAAUGAAGACAUAACGUCCCCAGGAACUUCAUGUUUUCAGUCCAGAAUGAGCGAAUGUCGGAACACAGUGACCGCACUCGAAGAGUCUCUGGAUGUGGAUCAGACUGCUCUGCAGAGGCUGAAGAAGUCUGUGAAGGCCAUACACAACUCUGGAAUAACGCAUGUGGAGAAUAAGGACCAGUAUAUCGAGGUGCUGGAGAGCCUGGGCAACAGCCACCUGUGCCAGGACAACAACGAGGUGUCCACGGGGUUCCUCAACCUGGCCGUCUUCACACGAGAGGUCACCGCUCUCUUCAAAAACCUGGUGCAGAACCUGAACAACAUCCUGUCCUUCCCCCUGGAGAACGUCCUGAAGAACGAGCUGAGGGACAGCAGACUGGAGUUGAAGAAGCAGAUGGAGAGGAGUUGGAAGGACUAUGACGUCAAAGUGAGUAAGUUGGAGAAGGAGCGUCGUGAGAAGCAGAAGACGGGUCUGAUCAGACUUGAGAAUGACAUCACAGAAGACAUGGAGCGAGAGAGGAGGACCUUUCAACUGCAGAUGUGUGAGUACUUACUGAAGAUCCAGGAGCUGAAGAUCCGACAGGGUCCAGAUCUCUUGCAGAGCCUUAUCAAGUACUUCCAGGCCCAGCUCACGUUUUUCCAGGAUGGUCUAAAAGCUGCCGAGAACCUCAGUCCCUUUGUGGAGAAGCUGGCCACCUCUGUGCACACGGUACGUCUGGAGCAAGACGAGGAGAUGCGUCAGCUGUCUCACCUGCGGGACUCUCUGCGCACAGCUCUACAGGUGGAGGGCAAAGAGGAGUAUAUGAACCGUAAGAACUCGGGGCACGGCUACAGCAUCCACCAGCCCCAGGGGAAUAAGAAGUAUGGCACGGAGAAGUCAGGCUUCCUGCUCAAGAAGAGUGACGGAAUCCGUAAGAAGUGGCAGAAGAGGAAGUGUGGUGUGAAGUACGGAUGCCUGACAAUCUCGCACAGCACGAUAAACCGGCCACCGGCGAAGCUGAAUCUGCUGACCUGUCAGGUGAGAGCCAACUCGGACGACAGGAGGACCUUCGACCUAGUCACCCACAAUCGCACCUACCACUUCCAGGCUGAAGACGAGCAGGACUGCAUGAUCUGGGUGUCGGUGCUGCAGAACAGCAAGGAGGAGGCGUUGAACACGGCCCUGGGAGGAGACCAGCAGGACAGCGGCCUCCAGGAGCUCUCCAGAGCCAUCAUCUCAGGCCUGCACAGCAUGCCAGGCAACGAGGCCUGCUGCGACUGUGGAGCGCCAGAGCCCACCUGGCUCUCCACCAACCUGGGCAUCCUCACCUGCAUAGAAUGUUCCGGAAUCCACCGGGAGCUGGGCGUGCACUACUCUCGUAUCCAGUCGCUCACCUUGGACGUGCUCAGCACCUCCGAGCUCCUGCUAGCAGUCAGCAUCGGCAACACCCGCUUCAAUGACAUCAUGGAGGCCAACCUGCCCAAUGACUCGGUCAAACCAGUUCCCCGGAGUGACAUGACGGCCAGGAAGGAGUACAUCAUAGCCAAGUAUGCUGAGCGCCGCUACGUGCUCCGCAAGGAGGAGUCGGAUCCGUACGGGGUGUACGAGGCCGUCAAGACACGAGACCUCACCGCCCUGCUGCAGCUCUACGCCCAGGGGGAGGACCUGGCCAAGCCUGCUGCCCUGCCCGACACACAGGACUUGAAGGAAACGGCCCUCCACCUGGCUGUCAGGAUGGCUGACAGGAGCUCACUGGCCCUAGUGGACUUCCUCACCCAGAAUAGUGGUUCUCUGGAGAAGAAGACUGUGGAAGGGAACACUGCCCUGCAUUACUGUGCUCUGCACAAUAAGACAGAGUGCCUCAAACUACUGCUGAAGGGGAAAGCUGGCCUCACCACAGUGAACACGUCGGGAGAGACGGCGUUAGACGUCGCCAAAAGAUUGCAACACACCCAUUGCACAGAGCUGUUGGAGUUGGCCCACAGUGGCAAGUUUAACUCCCAGAUCCACGUGGAGUACAUGUGGGAGACGCCUCAGGAGUUCAUGUAUGACAGCGAGGAUGAUCUGGAUGAGAGGGUGAACCCUCCUCAGCGGGGUCUGCGCUCUCCACUGCCCCUCAAUGGCAGCAUGCUGAACUGCGGCUGGAAUAACGGCAGCAGUAGCAGCGUGGCCAAUAAGACGUACGAGAACGUGGACUUCCUGUACCGUAACCCCCCUGCCAACAGCGCCCCCUCUGGCUCCAUGCCGCCACCGCUACCUGCCAAAGGCAUACAUAGAGGUCGCUCGGACCCCCAGAUCUCCGCCUCGGUCAUGGAGGGUGCCAACAUCCCCACGCGCCUCUGCUCAUCCCAGCGCCACGUUGGGGGUCAUGGCCCCCCCUCCCCGAGGGCCGAGAGCCAGCAAGGCGGGGUCCGCAGUAGGCUCCAGCGCUCCCCCCACGGGGGCAUCGUGAGGGGCCAGAGGCAGGCCAUGUCUUGGGACGGACAGCCCCCCAACGGGGCCGCACACACGGGGGAGAGCAAGAGCAACAGCAGCAGUAGCAGCACGUCUCCGCAGAACCACCUGGGACCUAUCUGCUCAGAGAAGACCACCUCAUACCGGCGCACCAGUAGUGGGGGCCAGGGUAAGGGUGGGGGGGUCUCCCCCAGCUACAUGGGCAGCCAGGAGGAUGUGUACUGCAGCCUGGUGGCCAGCUCCCCCAGCCCUGCCACUGCCACCGCCACCCCCACCCCCACCAGCGCCCCCAUGGCAGUACCCUUCAGCCUCCCCCCUCCACCACGCACGCGCAGGAACGCCAUGGUGUCUCAGAUUAAGCCCCGCCUGAAGAAGGUCCAGGCCCUGGUGGACUGCCGAGCGGUCAGCUCCAACCAGCUGGCCUUCUUCAAGGAUGAGGUCAUCAUCGUCACGGCAACCGAUGACCCCUACUGGUGGUUUGGCCACAUUGAUGGAGACGCGAGCAGAAGCGGAGUGUUUCCAGUAAACUACGUCAACAAGCUGGGAGAGUGGCCCACCAGGGACCAAUAAGAGACAGUGUCUCUGUGAUGCCAUCCCCUACUCCACCAAUCACAGAGAAGAACACACACCUGAAUGCCACUGAAGCCCUGAAAACCACCAAACACAUUUCGGAGAUUGUUCAAAAUUUGCCAAUGGAUUCAUGCUUUUACAUGGCUGAGGGGAAAAGAACACUCAGAACUGGAAUGGAACUUUGGAAUCUUAACCGUCAUGGAAUGCCCCACAAGACAAAGACAGUCAUGUGACUGCCCACUGAACAUUGGACAUGCACCAGAGGGCUCUGUUACAGAACAAACUGUAAUAAUGUGGUGUCACAACGGUGGUUUUCAAUAGUGGAAAUUGGAAAAUUGUGAAACAAGAGACAAGAAAGGACCUUGAACAGCAUGUACUUUAUUGCAGCUGGAGUUUCUCUCUUCUCCUCAGACAGACAGUAGCGCUAGACGUCCAGCCCAGUGUAUGAAAGUACAGUAUGUUGUGGAGGAGCCAGCAGUGCUGGUAUCUUCAGGCCCCAAAGGUCACCACACAGCGCAGCACAUGGAGACAGGAGUGGGGAGAUAUGCCUACCUGCCCCUGGGCCAAGUGACAUAGACUGGAGACUGUGUGAGCCUGUGUGCUCUGUUGGCUUUGAUGAGCUAAGAGGUGCGUGCGUGCAAGUCUGUGUGCGUGUGUGCGUGCGUGCCCCACUGGUUCCCAUUCAGAAACGCAGUGUACCGAGAACAGGUGUGCGACCCGGAGCUCCGUUAUUCCGUGUGGAAUGCAAUAAAGCCUCCAGUGUACGGCAGCACGUCUCUCUGCUAAGCUCCAAGAGCUACCUGUCCAGCCACCCCCUUCUCAUUUCAAAUGGCUUUGCCUGCACGAAUUACAAGCCUUUAGAGUAUAUUGAAUCGCAAGACCAUCGGGCUGACAAGAAAAAAAAGAAAAAAAAAUCAGCUGCCAA